AUGGACAUUGAGGAUUUGGAUAGCAGCGCUUGCAUUUGUGAAGAAGUAAGUUGGUUUGUUACGGUGGUCGAGUUCAUUAUUUGUGAUUCAAAGGCUGAAAGUGACGGGCUUGAUUUUUUAGGAGUUGAAAUGGAUUACGAGCUCUCUGAUAGCAGCGGAACUGAUGAUGACCUUCCACCUACACAUCGAGGUAGAUUUCAAAGUGGGGUGCGAACUGCUGGGAAUGGAAGAUCUGGAGUUGGUGGUGCUGCUUCACAGCCAAGGUUGCAUAGCGACAUGGAAACCCAAAUCCACAACAUUGAACAAGAAGCAUACACUUCAGUCCUCCGAGCUUUUAAAGCCCAGUCAGAUGCCAUUACUUGGGAAAAGGAAAGUCUAAUUACGGAACUCAGAAAAGAACUAAGAGUUUCAGAUGAGGAGCACAGGGAGCUCCUAGCCAGGGUUAACUCUGAUGAUAUGAUUCGGAGGAUAAGGGAAUGGAGAAAGGCAAAUGGGAUCCAACCUAGCAUGCCAAGCUCUGCCCAGCCUUCGCAUGAUCCUAUAGCUAGUCCUACUGUUUCAGGAUCACGCAAGAAACAGAAAACAUCGCAGUCAGUUGCCUCAUUGUCCAUGGGUGCACCUUCUCCUGUAUUGCAUCCGUCUAUGCAACCAUCUACAUCAGCCCUGAGACGUGGCCCUCCCCCUGGAUCUGGGAACAAGAAGCCCAAAUCAUCCAUGCAGCAACGUUCUACAGGUUUGUCUGGCAGGGCUCAGGUUGCUAGUCGUGGUUCCUCAGGUGCCUUUGCAACCAAUGAGUUAAUUGGAAAGAAAGUUUGGACUCGAUGGCCAGAGGAUAACCACUUCUAUGAAGCUGUUAUAACUGACUACAAUCCAGUUGAGGGGAGGCAUGCUUUGGUUUAUGAUAUUUAUACUGCGGAUGAAACAUGGGAGUGGGUCAAUCUCAAAGAGAUAUCUCCUGAAGACAUUAGGUGGGAGGAUGAGGAACCAGGACUUUUUCGUAGAGGCGGCCGGCCUGGACCAGGUCGUGGGAAUAAGAAAGCCAUUGCACGAGGUGGUGCAGUUGUUGCUGCAGGAAGAGGCAGAGGAACCACAAAGGGUCAGUCUAAAAAAGAUUUCCCUUUGACCCAGAAUGGCAUUGGUAAGAAGGCUAUGGGUGAUAUUGAGAUACUUCACACAGAUACUCUAAUCAAGGAGGUAGAAAAAGUAUUUGGUGCCAGCCAUCCUGAUCCUUUGGAAAUUGAGAAAGCAAAGAAAGUUCUGAGAGAACAAGAACUAGCCCUGGUCAAUGCAAUUGCAAGGCUUGAAGAUGCAUCAGAUGGUGAAAGUGAUGAGGGAGAACACCCAUAUCCCCAUGCUCAAUCAAUGGAUCAAGACCAGGGAUGGAGGAAACGUCCAUACGAUGAGAUUGUUGGUGAAGGUAGAGGAAUUGAAGGUUCAGAUGGCAACAAAAUGGCAAGAAAUGGUAGAAUGGUUCCCAGCGAUCAGCAUGAUGAGAAUUAUGACACAUGA